CGGGGAGGUUCAGUUCAUUCAGAUACACCGGUCCGUGAGAAAAGCACCAUGGCUGACAAGGAGCAGAUACAACAGGCCAUCAAAGAGCAAGGAGAGGUCGUCAGGAAGCUCAAGACCGAAAAAGCCAGUAAGGAACAGCGAUAGGGUUGCUGAUCACUUUUCUCCUGUUCUUACUGCCUGUUGCCACGGAUACCAUCCUCCACCAUCAUCUCCUCAACUUGCUCUGUCUCCUGGUACGAUUCCAAAUCUGAUGCGUCCCUGAACUGCUGCACCGCCUGACCAUUUGGAAUGACCUGUGACCUGUCUUCAAUGAUGCAAUGACCUCCAUGGUGCGCCAUGAUAUGUCACCUCAACAUGGGGACCUUUUUUGUGCCGUCACACUGAUGGUGUGCCAAUGAACUGAACACGCCUAUCCUCUAUUUUUCUUGUCUUUUUUUUUUCUUGUCUUUUCUUCUGUCUUUUGCACUGCUGGUUUUUUUUUUUUUUUGUCAUCAUCAUGAUGACUGUAUUGCGACUGACUGCUCUGACUGCUCCGCGUGUCUAUGAUGGACUCAUUGGCCGAUGCGCUGGACCUUUGACGCACUUGGCACGGUCUCUCUCUGGGAUGACCGUUCCACAGAUUGAUGAGGAAGUGGCCAAACUCCUACAGCUGAAAUUGCAGUUAGGAGGAGAUGAAGGCAAACACGUGUUCGUUCUCAAGACCCCUAAGGGCACCAGGGACUACAACCCAAAGCAGAUGGCCAUCAGGGACAAAGUGUUUAAGACCAUCAUCAACUGCUUCAAGCGCCAUGGAGCCGAGACCCUUGAUACUCCGGUCUUUGAACUCAAAGAAACGUUAACAGGGAAGUACGGUGAAGACUCCAAACUCAUCUAUGACCUGAAAGACCAGGGAGGGGAACUCCUGGCUCUGAGGUAUGACCUCACUGUGCCCUUUGCCCGUUUCCUGGCCAUGAACAAGAUCACUAACAUCAAGCGUUACCACAUCGCCAAGGUGUAUCGCCGUGACAACCCAGCCAUGACCCGUGGACGCUAUCGCGAGUUCUACCAAUGCGAUUUUGACAUUGCUGGCCAGUAUGACCCCAUGAUUCCUGAUGCAGAGUGUCUGAAGAUUGUCUACGAGAUCCUGAGCGAGCUGGAACUGGGAGAGUUCCUUAUCAAGGUGAACGACAGGAGGAUCCUGGAUGGCAUGUUUGAUGUGUGUGGAGUUCCUCAAGAACAGUUCCGUACCAUCUGCUCUUCUGUGGACAAACUGGACAAGGUGUCUUGGGAGGAGGUGAAGAAUGAGAUUGUGAAGGAGAAAGGCCUCACAGAGGAGGUGGCAGAUCAGAUUGGAGAGUAUGUCAACAUUAAAGCCGGAGGGAGUGACCUGGCGGAGAAGCUGUUGCAGGACCCUAGACUGUCAAAGAGUAAAGCGGCCGUUGCCGGCCUCACGGAUAUUAAACUGCUUUUCAGCUACCUGGAGCUGUUCCAGACCACAGACAAGGUGGUGUUUGACCUGUCCCUCGCCCGCGGGCUGGAUUACUACACCGGUGUGAUCUACGAGGCCAUCCUGACCCAGGCAGGUGUGGCCCCAGUCCCUGCCCCUAAGGACGCCAAUGGCAGCGCGGGAGACGAAGGUCCCGUCAACGUGGGGAGCGUCGCCGGGGGCGGUCGCUAUGACGGCCUGGUCGGGAUGUUCGACCCCAAGGGCCGAAAGGUUCCGUGCGUGGGUGUCAGCAUUGGCAUUGAGAGGAUCUUCUCCAUCGUGGAGCAGAAGGCGGAGGCUUCGGCAGAGAAGGUACGCACGACAGAAACACAGGUGCUUGUAGCCUCAGCUCAGAAGAACCUUCUAGAAGAGAGGCUCAAACUCACCUCAGAGUUGUGGAAUGCAGGAAUCAAGGUGGAGGUGUUGUACAAGCGUAACCCAAAACUCCUAAGCCAGCUGCAGCACUGUGAAGACACGGGGAUCCCACUGGUAGCCAUCUUAGGAGAGCAAGAGCUCCGUGACGGCGUCGUCAAGCUGCGCAAUGUCGCCAACCGAGAAGAGGUGGAUGUGUCCAGAGCAGACCUGGUGGAGGAAAUCAGGAAGAGGACCUCUGAGUCUUAAGGCCACCCAACCAAAUAUAGCCAAACCCAUCUGACUGAAUCCGUCUUACCAUCAUCUAUCAUCUCUCGCUCGUACACACACGCUUGACUUUUACAUCAUUCUCACACACACACACAUACAUACAUACAUGUCUGACUUUUACAUGAAGUUUGAAUGAAUUUCUUUUUCUGUCUAAUCGCCCCAGCGUAUGUUCAGGUAGGACUAAUGUGGGUCUUUGAAAUGCAGCUGUGUCCCACUGAGCAUGGAGUGGACCCCACUUGUUUUGGGUUAAGCGGAGUCCAACCAGCUGCUGUCUGCUAAAGACCACAAGGAUCUGCUUCUGUGACCAUUUCUGUUCUACACUCUCAUGGUCCACUGAGGAUUUAACUUGUAACAAUAAAGACGCCCAUCAGAAGUCAUCAUCGGAUCAUGACAAA